AAAUAAUAGACGAGACACGACAUAAGUGAAAAAGUAAGAACCUCAAAAACCAACCAAAUCCUCACAACAUCACUCAUUUGUUCUUCCUUUCAAUUUGUGUUGUUCCAAUGGAGAGUCUUGCACUUCACUCACUCUCCACUUUCUCACUUCAUCAUCAUCAUCGUUCACAACCCAUUUUCAGAUCUCCAUUUUCUCUUCCAUUCAAUCCAACUUCACGUUCAACCUCAUCAAUUAAAUCAUCACCAAUCUCUCAAUCUUUCACUUUUCCCUCCAAAGUUUCAACCUUUAACACUUUCUCAAAGCCCCAUAUAACUCGUUUCUCAAUUCAAGCAAAUUCAACACCACCACCAGCACCACCAUCAAAAUCAAAACCCAUACCCACUAUUCUUCAAGGUGCAAAGCCUAUUCCUUUUGUGAUUUCAAUAGCCAUAGGUCUCAUUGUUCGUUUCUUUGUUCCAAAACCAGUUGAAGUUACCCCUCAAGCAUGGCAAUUGCUCUCAAUUUUUCUUUCAACAAUAGCUGGCCUUGUUCUGAGCCCGUUGCCUGUUGGUGCUUGGGCUUUUUUGGGCCUGACAGCAUCUGUAGUGACAAAAACUCUUAGCUUUACGGAUGCAUUUAGUGCUUUCACAAAUGAAGUGAUUUGGUUGAUAGUGAUAUCGUUUUUCUUUGCACGUGGGUUUGUGAAGACUGGUUUGGGUGAUAGAAUUGCUACUUACUUUGUGAAAUGGAUGGGAAAAAGCACUUUGGGGCUUUCUUAUGGUUUGACAUUUAGUGAGGUUCUUAUUGCACCUGCAAUGCCUAGUACUACUGCAAGAGCUGGUGGUGUUUUCUUGCCUAUUAUUAAGUCACUUUCACUCUCUGCAGGGAGUGAACCUAAUAGUCCUACUUCUAAGAGGUUGGGGGCUUAUCUUAUUCAGAACCAAUUUCAGUCUGCUGGUAACUCCAGUGCUCUUUUCCUAACUGCUGCAGCUCAAAAUCUGCUGUGUAUUAAAUUAGCAGAGGAGCUUGGGGUGAUAAUUUCAAACCCUUGGGUUACUUGGUUUAAGGCGGCUAGUGUACCUGCAAUUGUUUGUCUUCUCGCUACACCAUUGAUUUUAUACAAGCUCUUUCCCCCUGAAAUUAAAGACACACCAGAGGCACCUGCCAUGGCUGCAAAGAAACUGGAAAGUAUGGGCCCUGUCACUCAAAAUGAAUGGAUUAUGGUUUCUACAAUGCUUCUAGCAGUCUCUUUGUGGAUCUUCGGAGAGACUCUUGGCAUAGCAAGUGCUGUAGCUGCAAUGAUUGGUUUAUCGAUACUCCUCGUAUUAGGAGUCCUUGAUUGGGAAGACUGCUUGAAUGAAAAGUCGGCAUGGGAUACGUUGGCUUGGUUUGCAAUUCUAGUAGGCAUGGCAAGUCAGUUGACAAAUCUCGGAAUUGUGAGCUGGAUGUCUGAUUGUGUGGCCAACAAUCUUCGGUCAUUCUCCUUGAGCUGGCCGGCUUCGUUGGCUGUUCUUCAGGCUGCUUAUUUCUUCAUCCACUACCUUUUCGCAAGCCAGACUGGACAUGUAGGUGCUUUGUANNNGGCAUUCCUUGCCAUGCACAGGGCAGCCGGUGUUCCUGGUGCCCUCGCAGCGCUUGCUUUAGGUUAUAAUACAAAUCUUUUUGGUGCAAUUACACACUAUAGCAGUGGUCAAGCUGCUGUAUACUAUGGAGCCGGCUAUGUAGACCUUCCCGAUAUAUUCAAAAUAGGGUUCAUCAUGGCCGUUAUUAACGCGAUCAUCUGGGGAGGCGUUGGCUCUAUCUGGUGGAAAUUUUUAGGCUUUUAUUGAUUUACUUUCCAUUUCCUUGUAAGUAAAUAGCAGUUUUCUAUGCUUCAUUUUUUCGCGGCCGAAAGAUAAGGUCCUUCUCAUUUGAGGGCAGUUGAGUUCAUAAUUUUAACAUGAAGGUUUUUCUUCUUUUGGCUCACUUAUUUGUUAGUUUAUAAUUAAUGUUAGUGUUACCCUUGCCUUACUUUAUAUACAUUCAGUGAUAUACUUAUAAUAAUUUGAAUGUGGAAGCUUAAUGGCAAGUGAUAGAGAAGAAAUGUGCUUCUCUUGAUUAUUUGCAAAUAAA